UCAAACAUUGAUGUUUUUGUUGCGUUGAAAAAUUUUGUUAUUUUGUUGGCUACGCGUUCGCCCAUCAUCAUCAUUAGAAAUUAUUCAAUUUAUGCCACAGACUGCUGUGUUGUGAAUUUUUAAUCGUUGGUCUUCCAUUCAUUCAUUCAUUUAUUGUUAAGCCAUAAUAUAACUAUUGUGUGUUAUCAUUGCAAAAAAAGAAAGAAAACAAAGAGCGGUUUUUUCCUAUAUUCACAUAAGGCAAAACAAACCAUAUUGAUUUAUUGAGUCAAAAAUGAUUGCUCCAUUGUUAUUACGUAUACCAUCAUAUUUGGUACAUAGAAUUCUACCAUCAUCAUCGGGUAAUUUUAUUUUUUCAAAAAAUUUUGUAUCAUUUACAACAAAAACAUCAACAACCGCUAUUAUGGAUAAUGGUAAUAAUUUAGUUGGUAGAGAAAUUGAUCUUCUUGAAACAAAUCCCGAUUUAAGAUUUCGUCUACCAGGUAAUGUUGGUAUUGUUAAUGAUAAUUGGUUAUUUAAAAUAAGAAAUUUGAAUGAAAAUUAUCAAAAUAAACAAUUAACAAAUGAUAAACAAUUGAAACAAAAUCAAAAUCAAAGUAAUAAGAAUAUUAUUCAAACAAUUAGUCAUGAAGAAUUAUUGAAUCAAUUAUGUGAUGAUAAAGCAAUGCCAAAUCCACAAUCAUUGAUUGAAGAACAACAUGAAAAUCUUCAUUGUGAAGCACAUGAAUGUCCAUUGUUAUUGAUAAAAGAUUUUCAAGAAUUAUUUCCACAUAAUAAUGUUAAUCUUGCUAAUGGUUUAACAGUACUGACUAUAACGCAUAAAACUGAAAAUGAUAUGAGUGUUUGGUCGAAAGAAGUAAAUCAAGAACGUGAAUUGUUAUUGGAAAAAUUUGUUUCCACUGCACAACGUAUGUGUGUUUAUCUGAAAGAUAAUGGUUAUUGGGCCGAUUUUGUUGAUCCAUCUUCUGGUCGUCCGUAUUAUGGUGACUAUACACCGGCAACAUUUUUCGAAACUGAUGAACGUUAUCGUCGUUUUGGAUUCGAAAUUGAAGAUCUUGGUUGUUGUAAAGUUGUUUCACAUAAACGUUGGGGUACAAAUGCAUUUGUUGGUGCAUUAUUUACAAAUGCCACACAUCAUUCGGAUGUUGUACAACGUUUAGUUAUUACAUUAGAUGAUUAAUUUAAAAAUUAAAAGAAACAUGAAAAAGUCUUUAUCAUUCAUUCAUUAAUAAUUAAUAUUAUAAAUCCUAUGAAUCUAAAAAAAAGAAUUUCUUUAUAUU